AUGCCAGCAAACAGCAAAAAAACCAUAACAUUCCUUUCAUUCUUCAAAAUUUCAUCAAGGGUGAAGAGAACGCCACCAACGAUUAAUCUGAACGGUUUGUGCGAGCCGCCGCUUAUUCGGUGUGGGGAAUCAAGAGGGAACGCGACGAAGUACCUAUCGAGGUCGGAAGUCGCCAGGAUCGUGGUGCCGAUCAUCUUCACGUCAAACUUCUCGAUGCUCAGAAUUCAUUGGAGGAACGUGGCAGUUUCUUGCUCUGGAAAUGGCGCCGUGAAGAAAAACGGAGAAGAUGGGGAAUGGGUAUAUGAAGAAGGGAUUGUGAAGAGUAAUGGAGGUUACUUAGCCUCAUCGGUGCACGACCGGAGUUUUUCUUUCAACACGCACCAAAAUUCCAGUCUUGAACACGCAUAA